CUGUGGUGCAGAGGAGCAGAGAGAGGCGCGACGUGGAACGGCAGAAUGGCAUUUACGUCUUUUCUGAUCCAACACAUGAAACCCAGUGAUUACACGAUACCAGAGCGUCUGCUUUUUAGGAGGAUUUAACCCUGACAUGUAGCCGACAGAGUCAGCAUUUUUAUAAAAGAAGAAGAAGAAGAAGUGAUCGCCAUGGACGGAGGCUUAACUAUCACUUUUAUUUCUGUUGCCAUGUUUAUAGGCUGUUUUUUACUUGGAUUCAUUCCGCUUUUGUUCAAGCUAUCUGAGAAAAGUCUGCAGUUCGUCUCCAUCCUCGGAGCAGGACUCCUGUGUGGGACAGCACUGGCCAUCGUCAUCCCAGAGGGAGUGGGUUUACUGGAGGAGUCGUGGAGAGCUUCCUCCUCUGAUUUGCAAUCCAAUCAAAACUCCUCUGAAAAAAAUGUCACAGAAACGACAGACGAAGGCCCUCCACCUCGCUUCUUCAUUGGAGUCGCUUUAACCUUUGGGUUCACCCUCAUGUUCAUCGUGGAUCAGAUUGGGAACUAUUUUUCUAUGCGUGGCCAAUCAGCUGGUUUGAAUAGCAGUGUCGGCAUCACAGCCACUUUAGGACUGGUUAUUCAUGCUGCAGCUGAUGGAUUUGCUCUGGGUGCAGCUGUAGCAACAGGCCAAGUGUCAGUGCAAGUGAUUGUGUUUUUUGCUGUGAUUCUACACAAGGCGCCUGCAGCUUUUGGUUUGGUCUCCUUCUUGAUGCAUGCAGGCCUUGAAAAGAAAUAUAUCCAGGGACAUUUACUGGCCUUCUCAGCUGCAGCACCUAUACUGGCCAUCACCACUUACUUCAUUUUACAUGCAUCUGGCAGCUCUUCCCAAAGCCAGCUCAGUGCGACAGGUGUUGGGAUGCUCUUCUCGGCUGGGACAUUUCUCUAUGUGGCAACCGUGCACGUCCUCCCUGAGGUCAGCAGCAGCAGCAGAGCAAGUCAUCAACCGUCAGACCUCCAGCAGCACACAGGGCCAGAAACCCACCAACAUCGACACCUGGGGCUCUUGGAGAGCCUCACCCUUAUCCUUGGGGUUGGGCUCCCAGUGGUGCUCGCUCUUGGGCUGAACGAUGACUAAGACAGAAACGUCAGGGCAUUUAAGUUCAGUGUGAGACCACACCUGAAAGAAAAACUGUGAGCACCUUUGAAGAGAACAGGAUGUAAAUCCUGAACAGCAGACAGUGAUGUAAACAAAAACUGCACUUCUUCUGAAAAAAACAAGAACCUUGGAGUCUAAGGAGCUUUUUUCAAGGGACCAGAAGGUUCCACCUGCAGACUUUUGUCUGCAUUUUCUCUAAGGUCUUAAGGUUCAUUAAAAUGGGGCAAAUGAUUUUACUGGCAUGUGAAAAGGUCAAAUCUGUUAAAAGAGGUUACACCCAUAAUAUUUAAUUGUUACAUUUGUGCAACAGUUUCACCUACAUUUCAGCAUGGAGAGCUUUUCCCAUGCCCUCUCUUCUAUUUUAAAGUCUGAGUUAACAUGUGUAUAAUUUUUUAAAGUGUUUUUAAUAUUUAAUAUGAAAACAGAAGCACAAACAAACAUGCCUUUAUAAAAAAUCUACUUUCAAAGAUUUUCUUAAAGCCUUAAGAUUUACAAAAAUGUUACGCUUAAGACCCAGAAAUCUGACCCUUUCCACACCCUGCUGGGCAACUGGAUACCAAGUUGGCUGUACUUUAUCUUGGUCAUUCACACUUUUCAUAAACAAUACAUCUCCAGUGACAACCUGCAGUCAGAACUCACUUGCCACCUCUUAUGCAAACAACAGCUCAAACAUCCUUUUAUGGUCAUUUUCCACCAGUGGGUUGCUGCACUCCUCUCUAAUGCUGGAUUUUUUUUCUACGCUGUACAAUGCCACCUAUAUCGGGUAAAGCCUUCUGGAGCCCCAAGUCAUAAGUGGGCCUAUGAACAUGGUCCAUCAGAAAUUUAAGCAAUGAUACCUUUCAUACAAAACAUUUUUGUAUACAAAAACACCCACAUAUUAUUCAGGUUUUCAUGGUUAAAAGACGAUUGAAUUAAAAAAUAUAUGAUUUACAGUGAUUUACUUUAGAGAUUACUCUCAAACCAAGUCAAACAUUUCAAAACUUUUUUGUUGUAAGCUUAUGAUUAUGGCUUACAGCUCACAAAAAUAAAAAAUAUUCCAUUCUCUCACUUUGGCUCAGUACACACCACUAUGGGGAAGACUGCUGACUUGACUUUAUCCAGAGGACAAUCAUUGACACCCUCCACAAUAAGGGGAAGCCACAGAAGGUCACUGCUGAAAGGGCUGACAGUUCUCAGAGUGCUGUAUCAAAACCUAUUCAUGGAAAGUUGACUGGAAGGAAAAAGUGUCAUAAAGAUCCAAAACUUAGAAUUUUUGAGAUUAUAAAGUUGAAAAUUGCACAUUGCGUGGAGGAAAAUCAUAUCAGAUGACAAUGUUUUACUUGCACAAGUCCUGCAGUUGUGAACCUGAUCAAAUUCUAAUCUAUAGUGAAACUUUUCAAUAAGAACGUACUUGUGAUUUUAGCCCAUAAUAUCACAUUUUAUCAUCAUCAAGACCAGGGAUUUUCAGACUUUUUUUUUGCCCAAGGCACACCUGAGAUCAUGCCAAAAUCUCAAGGAACACAGAAUUCAUAUCCAUGCAAAAAUCACCUCUGUAAAUUUUCUUACAAUAUCUAUAGUUGAAGCAAGAAUCUAUGGUUGCUCAAAUCCCCUACACUAUACUGUUUUGGAACAACUGAAUUGCACAAAUACAGGCUAAAAUGUAUAUUUUUGCAUCAGCCUUUUUCACAGCUCUUAUUCAGAUCUACUAUAGAAAAUCCAAAACUUUUUGUGCCUGUUACAAGUCAUUUUUACACCAAAUUAUUAGGAAAAACGUGAAGUAUGAAAACCACAGUAAUACUACAGAAUAUGUUAGUUUUCUAAGAGGUUGUGCAAUUUUUUGAUACUUGUAUAGUCAUUAUGAAAAUGCAUGGUUGUACGAAUUCCCAAGGCAAAACCUGGAAUAGCCUUGAGGCACACCAGUGUGCCUUGCCACACCAUUUGUGAACCACUGAUUUAGACUUAGAAGAAACAUUUCUGUAACCUGUAGCUAUACAACCACUGUUUCACUUUCUGAACUUGAAAAUUUUAAGUUUAUAAAGUCAAAAUGUAUGACUUUUGAGGAGUGUUGCAAUUAUGGGUGUUUGGCAAUAGUUAGGUGUUGGCAAACUGUGCAGUGUGCUGAAGUACAUAACGGAAACCACAUAGAUCUGUCAUCAGAUGUGAAAUAAUGAGCUUGUUGCACUUUGUAUAUGAGCUAGUACUGCUCGUCAACACCAGGGGGCAGUAAAUAAAACAAAAUAUGCUAAUUGUAGUAAUGAUCAGGCUAGGACUUGUAUUUAUCACGGAAAAUUAAAAGAAGGGAGAUUUUAUGUUCCAGGUGUUACUGGUUUCUGCCAGUGGGUGGUGUUAGGGCAAAACCAUAAAGUAAGCCUUUGAAUGUGAAGAGGGGCAGACCUUAAUCAAACUUGUGAAAUCUGAAUGAAAUCAGGUGUUUUAUAUAAGGAUUUAUGCUUGCCGUCGUCAGUUAGGCGUCCGUUAAUGAAACAUGUCAGUGUUGUGGAAAUUUAUUGAGCACUUCAGUUAAAAAUCUGAGCUUGAAUGGUUCAGCACAUUGAGAGGAAUUAAACAGAUGACCCAUCUAUAUCACUUCCUGUUGGCAGUAGAGGGCGCUAUGAUGAGAUGUUUGCAUGUUGGCGUGUUCUGUGUGAUACUGUUGUCUCACCAGAAACUGUAGGAUGUAUACAAAAGUCACAACAGGUUAUGUUCAUUUGGCACCAUCAAAAAUGCCUUAUUUGGAAAUUGAGGUGAAGCUAGUGGACCUCCUGUUGGGAUUUUGGUAAGGAGGCUAUUAAUGAUGCAUUUGCAGACCAAAAAUCAUUAAACUAGGCUGAAUGGUUGCGGGUGCUGAUAGUUUGAUUACAUUUGGGAGGUGGAAAAAAUCAUGAUUUAAACUUUGGGUCAGAUUGUGGCCCCGCCAUCUCCUCCUGACAUUAUGGCUUUCCUAUAACAUACAAAUUUGUAAUGUCCUUUGAAGUUCAAGUAAUUUUCUGAGAAUGUUUAGAGAAAUUGCUGUGAGAUUUUCCAGAAUUUUCAUGGAAAUUUUAAGUGAUUUGUUUUGAUGUUUUGGGGAAUGUGCCUGGAAUUUUUAAGUAUUUUCAUCUGAGUUUUGGGGAAAUGAGUGCAUAUCUUGGAGAGUUUUGUCUUAAGUUUUGGGGGGAAUUUGCUUUAAUAUCUUUGGACAUUUCCAUGGGAAUUUGUGGAAUCAGUUUUGAAAUUUUCUAUGGGUUUGGUAGGUAUUUGUUUAAUCAUUUUCAGGCAUUUUUAUGGAAAUUUGGGAUAUGUACUGGUUACUUGGGGAAUUUUAUUUGAAUUUUUACAGGAAAUUUGCUUUGAGGUUUUAGUCGGAAAAAUAACCAAGAUAUAGAAAUCAUCUAUGUACACUUUAGGGAAUUGGGUUGGGCAUUUUCCAAAAUUUUCAUGUAUUUUUGUUUAGUUUAUUUGUAAUUUUUUUGUGAAUUUUAUAAGAAAUUUAGGAGGCAAUUCGCUUUAAAAAUUUUCAGAUAAGCUUUCAAGAAUAUUUAUGGAAGUUAUGGGGAAUUUUUUUAUCAGGAUAUUUAGGCUUUUUAACCAAAUUUCACUGAAACAUUUAGAAGACAAUUCUGGGUUCUUUUAUGUGAUAUUUUAAGAUGUGUUUUAGAAUAUUCAGACAAAUUUUGGGUAAAUUCUUUUCAAAUCCUGGGAAUUUGUGUAGAUUUUGGAAAGAAAAAUUCCAAGAAAUUCAGAACUUUUACUUAUUCCAAAUAAGCAGGAAUAACUAAUGAUGCAUCCCAAACAAAAGCUCAGGUCCCAGGAGGUUAUGUUGAAAUGUCACAGUUUGCACAACUAUAGACCUCCAGCUCGUCUAGAAUGACCAAAAAAAAAAAAAAAAAAAAAAUUCUUAAUCAGAUAAAAUCCCUUCAGAUGUGACAGUUAUAAAUCCUCCAAAAUUUUACUCUAUCCUCUAUUCUCUCACUUCCUGUAUAUUUUUUAAAACAUAGUACAAUACUUUUUUUGUUCUUCUGGAUAUGAUAUGUACAUGUGUUUACUGAAUCCCAUGCAUCUAGCUCAAACUUUGUUGAGGGGCCCUCAAAAAAGGAAGUUUUUGGCCUUGUGCAACCUUUUUUUUUUAGGAAAAUACAUGAAACCACCAAAAUACAGACAUUUUCACCAGGACUUGUAUGUCCAUACAUUUUUGUGAGCUUGGAGGCAUGUUCAGGCUGCAAAAUUAACAGUUUGUUUGGUACUCUGGCCCUUAUUAUUAGGUACUUCUGCUUUUGCUGCAGAUAAUGUUGGUUAACUUUAAUGUGUGCUAAGUGUCUACACUACCAAACCAAUCCAAGUUAAAGCAUUGUAUGCAGUCUGAGAUGUUGAAUAUCAAACUGCUGUCAGUCUACAUUUAGGUGCACCUCUAUUAAGGACUAGCAUUUGGUACUACCCAACAUGGAUGCUAAUACAAGUUGAAGACAGGCGUCUGACUUACCCAUGUUUACAGAGAAAAUGUUAAAUCAGCAUUCAUGCUUGUGCUCCUGUUGCUGUUAUUCAUGAACGAUUAAAAGAGUAAGACACUGCAGGGGUUAAUCAGAUUUAUAAAGCAACCUCAUACACAUUUGGUGAUGUAGCUAUUUGUUAAAAAAAAAAAAACAGAUUUUUUGCAUAAGUGUGUCAGAGGAGGAUGUGCUGUUGGCCUUCUACAAUUGUGGCUGCUCGCAAGUUUCCUAGAUGCUAUAAGUUCUUAAUCAUCAGUUGCGUUUAGUGCUGCUGACCCACUUUUAAAUACCUUUAAUGUGAAAAAUUACCACCCCCAAAGCUGGCUCUUUUGAUAGGUGUUUGUGACUGAAUCUGGAGCCUAGUCCCAGCUCUGGAGGCGCAGUGAAAGGAUGAUGACCUGAAAAAGUUUACUCAGGUGUGUUCUUCGAGUUCAUCUUUUGUCCGUGUAUCAAUAAAACCUCCAUGGGGGAGAAUCUGAUAGCAAAGUUAUUGUUUGGUGGGAUGCGUUUCCAUCCCAGGACUGACAAUAGAAAGGCGACAUCUGUUGCCAAGUUUGAGUUUAAUAUUCACCGUGUCUGGAAGUAAAAAUUAGAGGAAGGGAGUGCCAUGUUUAUGUUCAAGGGUGAAAUGCCAGGAAGUGGAUCAAUUUACAGGAACAACCACCUGAUAUGAACUGUCACCUCAACAAUAAUGAGGUCAUUCAUCUCUUAAUAAUUUCCUCGUUGUUUGUUUGUGCAGUCAAACCGGCUGAGCAGCUCUUAGACGUUAGUGAGGAAUUUUAAUCUGCUUAUGGAACAGAAUAAAAUCUACUCUUACAUUUCUUUAUGAGCAACAAAAGACCGCAACAUGAUCAGUGGUUAUGCCUUUAAAGGUUUAAGGCCUGAAACAACAGCAACAAACAGUAGCAGCAUUAUUGAUUUAGGUAUAAUAAAGUAAUCAAGGCUUCUAGUAUUCAUGUUAUAGGCUAUUCAGUAAGAGAGCUGGUGCACAAAUGAUCCAAACUCAAUUUGUGCCUGUAUUCAACAUGCAAAUGUUUGCUGUGCUUCUUCAGGGGCGCUGUAAAUUCAUAGGCACUUUUCUGCAUUUUGAGUUGCCAGACUUGCUUGAUUUUAAUAUUUUGUGAACGCUUUCUGCAGUCUCAUCUCAAAAUUCUGGCUUUGUUUAGCUACUUUGGACCUGUUACAAGCAAGUCAUUGGUUCAAACACACCUUUAGCAGAUAAACCAGUUGCAGUGAAGAAGUGCUCUCAUAUGACAGUAAGUCAAACCAUCCCAGCACACAACCUAAACAAAACAAACCUCUGACAGCAGCUCUGACACAGGGAGGAGGAGUAGGUCUGCUUUUCCCACAAAGUCAGUAGCAGAAAAAUGGGUUUAAUUUAUGAAAUUUACCAUAACAAAAUCCCUCUGUUAGGUCAGGCUCGUUCUAUUUACCUGCCCUGGUGGUUAUUAAGAUUUACAAAUUCACCCGACGCUGCUCAAAAGUACCUGCAUUUGGUUGGUGGUGGGUGCUAAUUCCCACCCUGAUUUUUAGGCCUAUUUUCUCAGGGUUUUGUCAGUGAAAUAAUUUAGAUUGAUGUUGAUUUUUGACUGCAAUCUAUUAUUUAUGUGGGGCUUGGGGGAGCUUGGGUUUUCUUAGAUACAAAUGGGCUCCAGGAAAACCCGACUGAAAUGUCUAAGCCAGUCUUAGACAUUUACAGGACAAGAGACAUGAGAUGUGCCACUUUGUCCACAGGGAGCGUCAAAACCAACACCGAGUUCUUCAAAGGAGCUUUAAAUAGUUCAUGCAUCUGUGUUUUUGAGACAGAAACAGGAGGCUGAUACACACUACUGUUUGUAACUGGACUUCAAAUCAUCUUAUCACAUGUUUUUCUGCAUACUUUUCACUUUCGGUGGGUUCUUAAAUGUUUUGUGAAGUUUGCACGAGAUAAUAAACAUUUCAGCUCUCGUUAUCGCUGCUCUCGUUUU